CCCCCCCCCCGUUGUGGGCGGUGUGGGACUCGUGGUGAAGGGGAGGGAACCUCCUGCUCCUCUCAGACCGCCUUCACUUCACAAACACGGCGCCGCGGCUGCGGGAAGCACCGUCCGACCCCCACGCCUCCUCUCUCGAACCUGGUCGCCACGGCAACGGGCCAGCGAGUCCUGCGGGCCGGCAUCGUUGUUCCAGAACAGGCUGUAAUCCUCGCUCCCUUUGUUCCGGCGGCGGCCCACGGGGGCCAUGACAGGGGGGCGGCAGCAGAACCAGCCGACGGUGGCAGAAUGAGCGGGCCGGGCCGCCCGCGGGCCGGAUCUUCACCGCACUGCGAGCCGGACCCCCAGAGGUCGGCCGGCUGCUGACCUGCAGCGGCGAUGAGCUGAAGCAUCGCCAGGCGCUCGUUUCCUCUCGUGCCGGUUGAUACUUCCUGUUUCCUGUCUGGGGGGGACGUUUCCCCCCACACGCCUGCCAAAAGUGCCUUCCUGUCCCUGAACUGAUCCGUUUCGCCUCACCUCCUCACCUGGACCCUUCAGAACCGCUUCGUUCGUCCAGCAGUCGCCAUGGUUACCCUGCAGUCCAAGUGGCGCUUCCUGUUCAUGUUCCUGGGCAUCCAGCUGGUCGUCAUGGCGCUGCUGUCCCGGGAGGGAUACCACAAGCGGGUCAGCUACUUUAUCCGGAUCUUCCGUAAGGGCGAGGCGGCCGGCCCGGUCCGGAACCGCACCGGCGCCGUGCUGGGCGGCGGGGACGUCUACGCCAACCUGUCCCAUCUGUCCCGGGGACACGGCCACGCCGACGACAUGCCUUACUGCCCCAAGACGUCCCCGCUCAUCGGCGGGCCGAUCCACGUCAGCUUCCCAUCCGGCCUGACCCUGGCCCAGGUCCAGAGGAAGAACCCCCUGGUGGUGAGGGGGGGGCGGUACCGGCCGCCGGACUGCGAGGCCCGCCACCGGACCGCCAUCAUCAUCCCGCACCGCCACCGUGAGCAUCACCUCAAGUUCCUGCUCUACUACCUGCAUCCGUUCCUGCAGCGGCAGCAGCUCAGCUACGGCAUCUACGUCAUCCACCAGGCGGGGAAUUACACCUUCAACCGGGCCAAGCUGAUGAACGUCGGCUUCCGGGAGGCGAUGAGGGAGGAAGACUGGGACUGCCUCUUCUUCCACGACGUCGACCUCAUCCCCGAGGACGACCGCAACCUCUACGUCUGCGACGCCAACCCCAAGCACGCCGCCAUCGCCAUGGACAAGUUUGGCUACAAGCUUCCGUACAAAAUGUACUUUGGAGGCGUGUCGGCUCUGUCGCCGCUGCACUACCUGAAGAUGAACGGCUUCCCCAACAACUACUGGGGCUGGGGCGGCGAGGACGACGACAUCGGCGUCAGGGUGUCUCUGGCGGGGAUGUUCAUCAGCCGUCCGUCUCUGAAAGUCGGCCGCUACAAAAUGAUCAAACACAAGCUGGACAAGGGCAACGACGUGAACCCCAAGAGGUUCAACAUGUUGGCGAAGACGCGUCAGACCUGGAAGAUGGACGGCAUGAACACGGUGGAGUACGAGGUCGUCUCCAGGGACUACCUGCCUCUCUACACCAACAUCACCGUCAACAUCGGGACGGAGUCCGGCCUGCACCCGCCUGCGCCGAAGCCCGCUGCAGCACAGAAACCCGCUGCAGCACAGAAACCCGCUGCAGCACAGAAACCCGCUGCAGAAAAAGCUGUUGCUGAGAAACUUGCAGCCAAUUCUUCAACCAAACUCCAGGAGAAACUUGCUGUGAAAUAAUCCUGUUGGUGUGAUUUCUGGUAGAAUGAAGCGAUAGCUCCCCCUUGUGGCUCCUGCGGUCGUCUGGAGCUGCGGAGAGGAGGAACCCGGUUGGACUCUGUGAGUUUGUGUGUCAGGCGCUGUCGCCGCUGUAUAAACCAUGAGGCCUUA